AUGGCCAGUGAGGAGAGUUUCCUAGUUCUGGUACAUUACAGAGGGUCGAUUAAGAGAAAAACUCGGUCCGGCGUGAAGUUCACUGAUAAGGAUCCCCUAUGUAUUAUCGUGACGCCGACAACCACCUACGAUGCACUUGUUAGAUCUGUGCUGGAGAAGCUGGGUCUUAAAGGCGUUAAAAGGAUCAAGAAGUUUUUCUACCGCAUUCCAACAGCGGUGCUCCAUGACACCGUGAAGUUUGAUUGUUUCACAAUCGGUAGUGACGAGGACUUGCAGGUUAUGUUUAUUUCUCGUAGGCAGUUUCCCGAGGUAAGGACACCAGAGCUGUUGGCAAAGUUGGUUGAUGUGGUAUCUAGCUCGGGUGGUUCGAACCGGAAUGCCACUACUAUAGCCGCGGUUGCCGGCUCGAGCUCGAGACCUGCUGUUGCUUCAUCCUCUGCUCCUGUGUAUGAGCCACCGAUGCAGCCUGUUGCGUCCCCUUCGUUUGCCGUUGAUCUGAGCGGCAAUGUUGGAGACGAGGUUCGGUAUGGGGAACAUAUUCCCACCGAGGUACAUUGUCCCACACCGGCUGGUGUUGGUGAUGGUUUGUUUGAUGAUCCAGAUGACGAUGACGUGGAGCCGGAUAUGAUCGCUGAUGAAAGCGGCGAUGAUGUUGGAACUACUGUUCCGACAAGGGCUACAGGUGGAUCUAGUUCUGGCACACAGCAGUAUCCACCCCAUUUUUCCUCAUUGGACCUGGAUGCCAUGCGGCAGGACGACAAUGCUCUGCAGGCCUCAGGAUUUGGUGCUAGAGAUACCGAGGGGUCUGCCGGUAUGAAUGAGUUCCAGGUUGGCCAACAAUUUCAGGAUAAAGAUGAGGCGCUGUUGAGUGUGAAGACGUACAGUAUCCGUCGAGGGGUCCAGUACAAGGUCGUUGAGUCUGACUACCGCAGGUAUGUGGGAAAGUGUUCUGAGUUUGGGAAUGGGUGCACAUGGCUAAUUCGGUUGAGUCUCCGACAGCGAAAGGGUAUAUGGGAAGUGAAGUGA